AUCGCCCAGGCGAUCGAUGCCGCCAUCGCCUGCUUUAAAAGCGCUGUCGGCCUCGCCGCCUCAGGCCUCAUAGAGCUGCUCGAGAGCGAAGUGUUCUCUCGUCGUGCAACCGCCAGAAUGCUCAGCAAAUUCGUUCUUGCAGCGUGGCUGCUUGUCGCGCCUGCGUUGGCCGAUCUGCAGACGAUAACGAGCAGCAAUCGCAGCCGCAGCUACUGGGUUCAUGCACCGGAUGAUUUCCAGGAUGGAAAGACCUAUCCCGCCGUAAUCGUAUUCCACGCGAGCAGCAAGCUAGGCUUCAAUAUUGAUGGCUUUGCCAUGGAAGCCGAUGUGAGAUUGUCGCUGCCGCUGGUGCCCACUGCGUACUCGCCCGAUCGAUACUUUAUCUAUCCCAACGGUGUCGGAGGCGUGUGGGCCGGCCCUUCGUACGGAAACGUCUCGGUCGCAGAGGAUCUCCAAUUUGUUAGCGACCUGAUCAGCGAUAUCAAGUCCAAGUACGGCAUCGACACGAAACGUAUUUAUGCCACAGGGCUAUCCAACGGCGCCGGCUUCGUUGGUACUAUUGCUUGCAGCGAUGUUGGUGGUCAAUUCGCCGCUUUGGCGCCUGUUGCGGGAUCUUUCUAUACCGACGCCAAUGACACCGACUGCACGCCCGCCAGAUCGCCGUUGCCUAUUCUCGAGAUCCACGGAGGGAGCGAUAAGACAGUUUUCUAUGACGGUGGUCAGGGUGAAGGCGGUCUUUUGCCGGCGAUCCCAACUUGGCUUGGCUACUGGCAGCAGAGGAACGGGUGUACAUCCAACUCAACAGUCGAUAGCGACAGUGGCGAUGUGCAUCACACCACCUGGGUUUGCGGCGGGAAAAACGGCACCCUGCAGCACUGGAAGGUUGAUGAGAAUGGGCACGACUGGCCAUCAAAGACAAUCAACUUCGACAUGAUGGCAGCAGGCAUGGGCCCCCAGCCUAUCGAGGCCAACGAUAUCGUUACCGACUUUUUCGACCAAUUUUCUCUAUCCGAUUAG